UAAGCAUUUGGGACGCGGGGGACGGGAAUGGAUCAUUGUGACCGGGGGAUCGAAACCCCCCUUGCGAAACACAUCUCGCUCUAUUCUGCGGUAAAGAUGGCGGUGGUAGAGGGGGCGCGCAGUGGCCGGAGCACGGCGAAACGACCCUGAAAGGGUCCCUAUUCUACAGAAUUUUGAGCGUGGGGUACCGAACAUUGCCACCUGGCUACAGAACGAACAGUUGUUGAACCGUUAAUUUCAGUGAUACGUUGAGCUUUUUGCUUUAUUGUUUGAGGCAGGGGUGGGUGGGUUCCACACUGAUAUCUGGCUAGCAAGCUAUCGAGCUAGGAGUCCGUGGAAGAAGAGAGGGGGUUGAAAGAAGACUAUUUGGAACAGGCCGCUCCACAGUUGGGGGAUGUGAGCCAAAACGAGCGCUGGAGGUUUGCUUGCUUCGUCCCGAACAUCUUUACACCUAAUUGCGGGGAUGGGACAACAGGUAGGCCGCGUUGCUGAGGGCACAGCCGCCGGGAUACAACCGCCACAGCCCCACGCGACUCCGCAGCACCAGGGAAAGGGGAACCGUGGAAGCAACACCGGGAGGAGACCCAGGGAUGUCUGCACUACUGGGACACCGCCUGGCAGGGCAGCUACCGUUAACGUUCCAGACCCUGGAAUCAAUAUAUUCACCCAACAUUCAGAAGCGCUCCACCGGCCCUUCGGCCUGGACUCUGCGGCGCUGACGGAGGCUGUGCGCUGGAGCUCCAAGGAGAACCUCCUGGGCGCGGCCGAGAGUGACCCCAACCUCUUCCUUGCACUUUACGACUUUGUCGCCAGCGGCGACAACACGCUGAGCAUCACAAAAGGAGAGAAGCUCCGCGUCCUGGGCUACAACCAGAACGGAGAGUGGAGCGAGGUGCGGUCCAAGAACGGCCAGGGCUGGGUGCCUAGCAACUACAUCACGCCGGUGAACAGCCUGGAGAAGCACAGCUGGUACCACGGGCCGGUGUCCCGCAGCGCGGCCGAGUACCUGCUGUCCAGCCUCAUCAACGGAAGCUUCCUGGUGCGGGAGAGCGAGAGCAGCCCUGGACAGCUGUCCAUCUCGCUGCGCUACGAGGGCCGGGUCUACCACUACCGCAUCAACACCGCCUCCGACGGCAAGGUGUACGUCACGGCGGAGAGCCGCUUCGCCACGCUGGCAGAGCUGGUGCACCACCACUCCACGGUGGCCGAUGGGCUGGUGACCACGCUGCACUACCCGGCGCCCAAGUGCAACAAGCCCACGGUGUACGGCGUGUCGCCCAUCCACGACAAGUGGGAGAUGGAGCGCACCGACAUCACCAUGAAGCACAAGCUGGGCGGCGGGCAGUACGGGGAGGUGUACGUGGGCGUGUGGAAGAAGUACAACCUGACAGUGGCUGUGAAGACCCUGAAGGAAGACACGAUGGAGGUGGAGGAGUUCCUAAAGGAGGCUGCAGUCAUGAAAGAAGUCAAACACCCAAACCUGGUUCAGCUCCUGGGUGUGUGUACCCUGGAGCCCCCCUUCUACAUCGUCACGGAGUACAUGCCCCACGGCAACCUGCUGGACUACCUGCGUGAGUGUGACCGCGAGGAGGUGAACGCCGUAGUGCUGCUCUACAUGGCCACGCAGAUCUCCUCCGCCAUGGAGUACCUGGAGAAGAAGAACUUCAUCCACAGGGACCUGGCUGCCAGGAACUGCCUGGUGGGGGAGAACCAUGUGGUGAAGGUGGCCGACUUCGGCCUGAGCCGGCUGAUGACGGGCGACACCUACACCGCCCACGCCGGCGCCAAGUUCCCCAUCAAGUGGACCGCCCCCGAGAGCCUAGCCUACAACACCUUCUCCAUCAAGUCUGAUGUCUGGGCGUUUGGCGUGUUGCUAUGGGAGAUCGCCACCUACGGCAUGUCUCCCUACCCGGGCAUCGACCUGUCCCAGGUGUACGACCUGCUGGAGAAGGGCUACCGCAUGGAGCAACCGGAGGGGUGUCCCCCCAAGGUGUACGAGCUGAUGAGGGCCUGCUGGCAGUGGAGUCCUCUAGAUAGACCCUCGUUUGCCGAGACCCACCAGGCCUUCGAGACCAUGUUCCACGACUCCAGCAUCUCUGAAGAGGUAGCCGAGGAGCUGUGCAAGACUGCCUCCUCUGGCCACGCGGGGCCACUGCACCCCCUGGGCCCAGACAUGCCCCUGCUGCCCUCCAAGUGCCGCACCCUGAAGAAACACACAGAGAACAAGGAGAACAUCGAGGGUGGGCUGGACGGCCGGCUGGACCCUGGAGCUCACACACACUCAGGUCUGGCUGCGGCGUUGCUAGGAGACGGGCGGUCGGGCGGCUCCCCGGCAUUACCGCGGAAACAGCGCGACAAAUCUCCCAGCAGCCUCUUGGAGGACAGCCAGGACGGCACCACGUUCACGCGCAACCGCAAGGCGGCCUUCUUCAGCUCCUUCAUGAAGAAGAAGUCCUCGUCUUCCUCCUCCUCGCCCUCCUCGCAGCUCCAGCAGAACCUCCCCACCCCCCCCAAGAGGAGCAGCUCCUUCAGGGAGAUGGAGACUCAGCCUCACAAGAAGUACGAGCCCCAGGCGGCCUUCUGUGCCCCCAUUCCCCCCCUGCCCGCCCAGGCCGACGGCCCGGGGUUCUCCCCCUCCCACGGAGACGCCAACCACAGCCAGUCCCGCUGCUGCGGCGCCACCUUCGGGCAGAAGCCCUCCUCCAGUGGGGGUCUGGGGUCAGGCUCCCAGGUGGGCAGCAGCAGCAGCUGGGGCAGCCUGGCUGGGUUCUUCACCCCGCGCCUCAUCAAGAGGACCCUGGGACUGCGGACGGGGAAGUCCUCGGGCCCGGAGGACGGAGGAGGAGGAGGGGGAGGGGGGGUUGGAGGGUCGAAGCCGUUUCCCCGGUCCAACUCCACCUCCUCCAUGUCGGCGGGACUGCCGGAUCUGGAGCGAAUGGCCCUGACCCUCCCCAGGAACCGCAGCAAGCCCCCCCUGGAGAGGACGGCCUCCACCACCUCCCAGCCCGAGAACGGGGCCUGCCCGCCCCGCACGCCCUCCGCCUCCGACACCAUGCUGCUCCGCAGGCUGGACGACCAGGGGGCCGCCCAGAUCAGGGAGAGGCCCAAGGCCAAGCUGAUGCCCCGGGGGCCGGGCAGCGGGGCCGGGGUGAGGGCUCCAGGGGUGGGGGGCGAGGCGGGGGCGGCGGACUUGGACGGCACCUCCCGGCUCAGGGACGGGGGUGAGGAACGCCAGGGGUGGUCGUCGCCCUCCAAGGCCCCAGGGGGGGUUGGGAGGGAGGGGGUGUUGUCGGGACAGGCCCCGCCCCACAACCACAAGGUCCCUGUGCUGAUCUCCCCCACGCUGAAGCACAGCCCCGCGGACGUGCACCUGGUGGGCGUGGACUCUCAGGGCAACCGCUUCAAACUGUUAUCCUCCGAGCAUCAAGCAGACCGCGACCGCCCGCGUCUGGUCAAACCCAAGUGUGCCCCGCCGCCCCCCCCCACCCUGCGCCCCCUGCAGCACACCUACAGCGGGGACGGAGAGGAGCAGGGCGGGGGCGUGGUGGAGGUCAACGGGGACGGGAUCAAGGGUCAGAGGUCGGGCCGGGCGGCGGGGCCCGGGACAGGACGACCGUCCGUGCCGCCACCACAAGUGCCGCCCGCACAUUCCUACACUUCCUCUGCCAACAGCAACGCCACCCCUACCAAACUAGCCAACGGAGCCACCAACACUGCCCUCUCCUCAUCAGCGCCCCCCGGUGGCUCCAAGGGGGGCCUGCGUCGGACCAGGCAGGAGAGGGAACGCGUGCCCCCGGAGAGGGUGAGUCGGGAGGCCCUGCUGGAGUGCGCUGAGUGCCUGAGCAUGGCUCUCCACAGCAGCCCUGAGCCCUCCUCCAGCAGCCUGGUCCUGGACGCCGGGCACCAGCUGCUGGACCACUGCUCCGGCUACGUAGACUGUAUCCCCCAGAUGAGGAACAAGUUCGCCUUCCGGGAGGCUGUGGGGAAGCUGGAACUGAGCCUGCAGGAACUGAGGGCCACUUCCUCUUCCUGUGGGGGAGGGCUCCCCGGGGGCCCCACCCUGGACAGCCUGCACACCUGCAUCAAGGAGAUCAGCGACGUGGUGCAGAGGUAGCCUCGCAGAGCUCCCUUGACCUUUGACCCUUUCGGCUCCGGGCCCCCCCCCGUCAGACGUUUUCCCUUUGUUGUGGUUCUAGUUCCGUGUGGGACGAGAAAGAGGGGGGAAUCUCAGGAGUACCUCAGAGAAAUCACUACACAUUUGUUCAACUCUCUAUUGUUUACAGUGGACUGUUUGAUGAAAAACUCCAGUUGAAUUACGCUGUUGCUCUGACCUUAUGUAUAUAUGGUAAAUAAUUGAGGAUGCCCACAUAGAAAUGCUUCAGUUUGCGCCCCCAAAAUUACUUUCGUCCCCGAUUUCAAACGUGUCCACCCGUUAACGACUAAGGCCUUUUUCUAUUAUUUGAAUGUGGCGUGUAUUGUUUAAUAUGGUUGAAUAUCUGUCCCAAAUACAAUAUCGCACGAGUGGAACACGUUUUGAUAUUUAUGUCCAGUUGCCCUGGCACACGGCUUGAUCUUUUCCCUUCUAGUCGAAGGGUAUAGAGGGGGAGGAAAGUGCACAGGGAAGUACGGCAGUGAGGGGAUUUAGGACAGUACCUGAAGUGUCCUUCAGGUGUAGGUUUCUCUGGAUAAACCCUGUGCCUAGAUUCUUCAACGUGAGAACUCAUCUGUGCAAACACACACACACACACACAUUACAUAGACAGACUGAUCUCUCCACCAUAGCUGCAGUAUGUCUCCUGCACACGAGCAAUUUGUACAUUUGUUUGGGUUUUAAAAAUGCUUUUCAGAAUGUCUAUGAACUUGAAUUUUAAAUUAUUGUCGUUUUUUUUGUUUGUUUUUUAAUUAAAAGCACAGACCCUAUUUUGAAAGAAAAGAGGAAAAAAAAUGUAAAUAUUUGCUUAUUUCAUAUACAGGAAAAAAAAAGACUUUACGAUCACAUUGUAAAGUUGAUGUGGGUUCUGAACAGGAGUAGAAGUGGAACGAGAGGUGCUACCAGACUGGGGCCACACCAACCCCAUCUCUCACGUUUUUAAUGAAUGUGUGGUUUUUCUCCACAGUGGAACUGUCGGAACGGCCGUCUCUGUUCAUCCGUGACCUCAGCCUGUCUUCCUCAGGGAAGGUGGGGUGCGACCUUAAAUUCCAGAGAUAGCUACGCGCACCCGGACAGUUUUUGGCAUGACAACUCCACAGUUCCAUUGGUUUCGGUUUCAAUCCUAACGUCAGUUACUCGUAUUUGCAUCGAAGUGCUGUUUUCUGAGCCUCUGUGGUACAUGUUACAGGACCUGUUUUUAAGAACUUUAAUCAAAUUAGCUCAUAUUUAAAUAACGUAUCUAGCUAGCACAAAGUCAUUGUUGCGACUGUUAACAGCAAGUAUAGGUUGAUUGGACAAAUUAAAUGAACGAGAUCAAUUAAGUCAGAAACGUCCAUAUGGGUCGCUCAAGUUGCACACUGAGUAAGGUCUGGCAGUGUUCUAGCACAACUUUUAAGUCAUAGCCCACAUUCCGUUUCCACACCGUGCAGGUCGACUUCAACGUCAUAGAACCUGUAGAAUGCUGACCUGUAGAACGAGCACGCUGAACGGGAUAGUACGUAUGGGAUACCCAGAGGGGAAUGCAGUGAUGGGAUCUAGCAGUUACAUUUAUGGUGACAACCAGGGCGGUGCAACUGUGUUCCUGGAGAGAUACCUCUCUGUGUGGUUUCGCUCCCACCCUAAUCUAGCACACCUGAUUCAAAAACAGCAAUCAGCUUCUUAACCUUUUAAGGAUUUAAUUAGGUUGGUUAUAACUGGGACUCUAGUAGAAACCUACAGGAAGGGUAGCUCUUUGGGAACAGUGUUACAGAUCUCUGGUUCAGUUUUGUGGUCCAUUCCUUAUUUCACAGAUUAUCUUCAGUGUGUUCCUUACAUCGCAUCAAAAGUCUCCAACUAUCUUUUGUUAUCACUGUGAGCUUUGACUAAAUGGAAUGAAAGAUGUUGUUUCUUUUCGCUACUGAAUGCAGCAAUCUUUAUUUCUGAAUAAUUAAUGGUGCCUUUUAUCAAAUGUAAAAAAGAUUUAUCUACAGUGCACUACAAAGUCAAGAAUAUGAUCAACUGCAAUUUAUUUUUACUGUAGAUAUCUUAAGUGCUUUUGUUUUUAGAUUUCUCAUUUUUUGAUUACAUAGUGAUCUAAAGUAUACAUCUAUGACAACAAAUAUUACUGGGAUUAAAUGCCUAAAAUGGUUUCACUCAAACUUGAAGAAAAGUGCAAUUUGUCUCCUGUUUUGGAUCAUGUGUUCGUGUUGGAAAGAUCUGACAUCCUCACAGCCACAAAAUUUAAGUGUUUCUCAUCCGGCAAACGGAGAUGGAUCUAAACGCUUCUCUGUCUCACGCUAUAAAGAUCUGAACCAUUAAACUAUGCCUUCAUUACUUCCUGUCUGCCUGUAUGCUUCUUUGCUGACUGAGCCAAUUUGGCCUUCCAUUUGAUCUGUCCCCUUGUUCUGUAUCUGCUUUCUUCACACCCCCAGAUUGAUCUUAAUCUAAGAUUAUAGAACAUUUGUAUUGGAGAUUCCCCUUUCUGGAGGUGUUUCUUGGCCAAUAGCAAUGUUAGACUGUGCCCAGAAUGAUGCUUCUUAGUCCUGUAUUCAAGUUGACAUCCCAUCUCUAUCUAUCACUUCACUGACCCUUACUAAAGGAAAAACAAUGCCCUUAUCAACCCCAUGCAAUGGGAGCUGAUUAGCUUGUCAACAAGACAAGGCUAAUAAUGUUCUAAUUGGGAAUUUGGACACUUAGUCUUCUCACCAUGUCAGAUUUUUGUUGUUUUUUUUUACAAAUCUUUGAGGAUUCAUAUUUUUUGUUUGCUUUAUUUAUUUUAUGCUUUUGUAUUUAUUUUGUUUAUAUCUGUAUUGGUUUAUGGAUCUGCAGAUGCACUCUCCUGUGUUUGAGAUCUGAACCGUGCCGGGGAACUCAUCAAGUACGCUUCAUUAUUAUACCAAAGGCCUCUUCCACAUCAGUCGUACUAGUGCAAUGAGAAAGGAACACACUUCAUUAUGAGUAUGUGAAUUUAACAGGGAUGAAAAUGGCAGAGGUUAACCUAUUAACUUUUUUAUUGUACAAAAUAUAUAUUUUGUGUGUUUUUAAUUUAAAGCUCACAUAUGAUAUAUUACUGUGAAGUUCUUAUCAGUGUUAAACUUGAUGUAAAUAAUAAAAUUAAAA